UUGGAGCAAGAGGAGAGAACACGGGCAGGAGAACUGCGAGCCUGUGGGAAGGAAGUUAGCAGAGAGACCAAUUAUUGGGAGCUAGCGAUGAGAAAGUGAGGGGCUCGAGACGUAGAGAGGGAGGAUUAAGCAGGCAUGCACAGAAUGGAUAGAGAGAAAGGGAAUGUGAAAUUAGCUGAGACGGAGAGAAAGAGGGCAGGAGAUUCUGUGCAUUAGCAAUCCUCCUCCAUUUGCUGGGCUGGUUUAUCUCGGAGAUGGAGCUGAUGGGGUGGUGGCGUUUUCUUCGCUCCUGUACGGUAGUGGAGCGAGAAAAAUGCAGGAUGAUUGUUUGGGACAUCGUCGUGUUUGUGAGCGACCAGAUUGCCUUGUUGCUUGGAAGCCGGAUCGUGCGCAGUUAUUAUCACUUGUGGCUGGCCUUGUUGGUUGUUUUUGGGCCUUUGCUCCAGUUUUACAUCAGCCCCAGAGUCAUCUUCGCCAAUAAAAGGAACUACUUCAAUGUGCGGCUCGUGGAGUGCUGCUGGUCAUGGACGGUGCUGUUGGCAGGGGGCUACAUGUUACUGCUGAGCUCGGGGCCAUCGGGCAGCCCACUCCCAGCCCUGAGGCCCCUCAGCCGCCUGGUGGUGGGGGCAGGCCUCCGUCUGCUCUGUGCCCGUGCCUUCUCCUGGAUCGAGGAGGUGACUGGAUCGUGCUUCGAGCCUGCAGCGCGGGGCCUGCUGCUGCUGGUGGAGGAGGAGGCAGGAGGUGAGGCCGGAGCCUGGGCCUGGGCCAGAGCCGGGAGCUGGGGCAUAGCAGGCCGCCGGGCUGCAUGCCUCCUGGAGCCGGGCCGCCUGUGGCGGGGCUAUGAGCUGUCAGGGGACACCUUCGUGCUCUGCUUUGCCUCGCUGGUGCUGGCCGAGGAACUGUCGGCCUUCCAAAGUUAUCUGAGCAGUGGGCAUGUGGCCUGCGGGCCUCUCCGCAUACUCUUCCUGCUGGCUGCCACCUUCCUGCUGCUCUGGAAUGGCUUACUGCUGCUCUCCGUUACCUUCUUCCACCGAUACUCACAGAAACUGGCAGCUGCUGCCAUCGCCCAGCUCGCCUGGCACCUCACCUAUCGCCGCUGGUACCAGUGCUCCUGGUCUCCAGGCUAUCCAGGGCAAGGCAUCACCCGUGUGGGGCUUGGCCCAUACCCCGGGCCUGGGCGCUGCGUGUGCGGCGCGACCCGCAGAACGAGUUAUACCUGGGACCCAUCUUCCGACACUCUCCUGUACCGGGAAUGAGGCCCCAGUCCUCCCCUUAGCCCAGGGCCCAGGACCCCAGAGACACCAAGGGGUCAGAUAUCAACACCCCAACCCCUCACACAACAUUCACCCUCCCACACUGCAGCACUCCCUCAGCACUCACCCUCCAACACUGCAGCACUCCCUCAGCACUGACCCUCUGACAGUGCAACACUCCCCCAGCACUGACCCUCCAACUUUGCAGCACUUCCUCAGCACUGACUCCCCCCAACAGUGUGGCGAUCCCUCAGCACUGACCCUCCGAUAGUGCGGUGAUCCCUCAGCACUGACCUUUCGACAGUGCGGCACUCCCUCAGUAUUAACCCUCCAACAGUGAGACGCUCCCUCAGUAUUAACCCUCCAACAGUGAGGCACUCCCCCAGUAUUAACCCUCCGAUAGAACGACUCCCUCAGCACUGACCCUCCGACAGUGAGGCACUCCCUCAGCACUGUCCCUCCGACAGUGCGGCACACCCUCAUCACUGACCCUCCGACAGUGCAGCACUCCCACAGCACUGACCCUCCGACAAUGCCUGCUCCCUCAGCACUGACCCUUCGACAGAGCAGUGCUUCCUCAGUACUGACCCUCCGACAGAGCAGUGCUCCCUCAGUACUGACCCACCGACAAUUCAGCGCUCCCUCAGUUCUGACCUUCUAAAACUGCUUGUUUCUUUAUUAUUGACACUGCUUUGAGGAGUUACUGGUCAUGUCCUUCCAGAAGAGUUUGCCAAAAACUUGGAAAAGGUACUUAAAGUUGAGUUCAUUGGAGCUGAGAUCCUGAUAAGUCCAGGAAGUAGCUCUCUGCAGAUUAAUUCUCAACAUUGGACAUACUCGUGGCUUAAAACUACUUGUGUUUAUUGUAAGGGCUGUGGUGUGUGCUGUGUAUGAGUACUGUUUGGACAUUGUACCAGUGUGCGUUUUGGGUACUAUACCAAAGCUGUUCUGCUACUUUUUCAAUUUAUAAAGGAUUGUGUAGGGA